AAAAAUAUGUAUAUUUGUAACAUCAGGGCCUAUCAUACAUUGUAUCGUGGUGUGAGCCCCCUUGAAUCAAGGAGACGGUGUGUUACAACCAAAGGCGCGACGGUCAGGCUUCCUUAUUCCACGUAGGACGCAUCCGACGGCUGCGAUGCGUUGCGACUUGGCGGUUUGAAAGACUGACACGUGUCGAAUAUGGCCGCGUGGAGGAUAUGGCCGCGAGGGUUUUCUGUUGCCCUUGUUCUUCCUCUCCAUUUUGCGCCGGCAAUGCAGGGCGACGCCGGGCUUCCUCGCGGCGGAUUCGAGCGCUGGGGGAGAUUGGCGAUGGCGGCGAGGAUGGAAUCCUGCGAGGAGGUAUGUCGGAGGAGCUCGACAAGCUUUUCGGCGAUGAGGAAUCCAAGGCGCUGCUCCGGGAUUUGUCCGCGGCUGCUCGGCGCCUGGAUGCCGCCAAGCGCGAGAUGGAGAAUCUGGCCGGCAAUGUGGCGAGGGAGAAGGAUGAUCCCGAGCUCCAAGCCCAAGAGCGUCUUGUGGAGCAGUGCGAAGAAGACGUGAUCUCCGCCCAGGCCGAGCUGAAAGCCGCGGAGAUUGCUCUCAUCGUUGCUCGCGCCGGUGGAUCCAAGUGGGAAACUUCGGACGUGGACGAGGACGUGGAGAGGAUGGAAUCGGGACGAGCAGCUCUCGUCUCGGCAGUGGCUGGAACUCUUGCGAGCUUGCCGCUGGCUUUGAUCGGUCGAGAGGUGACAGGAUUGGUUAUCAGCGAAGCUCUGGUUCUCGUCACUUGUGCGGUGUUUGGAGUCACGUAUCGCUACAUCGUUCGAAGAGACCUUGGAAACAUCCAGCUCAAGAGCGGAGCCGCGGCAGGAUUUGCUCUCGUUCGAGUUCUUGGACAACUCGAGAGUACGCAAGUUUUACCCGGUUCUUGGACGGCUUUGGAGUAUCAAGCCGUAGCUCUUUUCGUCGGGCAAAGCGUGGUGAUGUUCUUGGCUGCUGCCCUGGCUUUGGAUCUGUGCAUGAAGUUGGAAGUCAUCCAACCUUUUCCAUCGCGAAAAAGCGUGUAAGUGUUUCGCAAUUCCUGUAAAAUGAAUAGUAGCUCUAUCAAAGAACUUGAUUGGUCUUUGGAAUACU